AUGAGGGGCCUUACACAAAGCACUCCAACCCCUCCAGGCCACCCGAUGGAGCACUGGCCAUCAGGAGGCAGAGUAUCCCAGAUGAGUUUAAGGGCUCCAGUGUUGUAGAGUUAAUGAAGAAAGAGGGAACCACACUCGGCCUCACUGUGUCUGGGGGCGUCGACAAGGAUGGAAAACCUCGGGUGUCCAACCUGCGCCAGGGAGGCAUCGCUGCUAGGAGUGACCAGCUCAACGUGGGCGACUACAUCAAGUCUGUGAAUGGGAUCAAUCUGACCAAGUUCCGUCACGACGAGAUCAUCAGCCUGCUGAAGAACGUCGGAGAACGAUCUGUGGUUCUAGAGGUGGAAUUCGAGCUGCCACCUGUCUCUGUUCAAGGCUCUGGGCUGAUGUUCAAAAGCGUUGAGGUGACUCUGCACAAAGAAGGCAAUACGUUCGGCUUUGUCAUCCGAGGAGGAGCCCACGAGGACAGGAACAAAUCCCGACCCGUUGUCAUAACGACCAUCAGGCCAGGUGGACCUGCUGACAGGGAGGGCACGGUGAAGCCAGGGGACAGGCUCCUGAGUAUCGAUGGGAUCCGUCUUCACGGGACAUCCCAUGCAGAGGCCAUGUCCAUCCUCAAACAGUGUGGACAGGAGGCUACGCUACUCAUCGAGUACGACGUCUCCAUCAUGGACUCCAUAGCCACAGCUUCAGGGCCUCUGCUGGUUGAGGUAGCCAAGUCCCUGGGGUCCAGUCUGGGCCUGGCCCUCAACACCUCCAUGUACUGCAACAAGCAGGUCAUCAUCAUAGACAAGGUCAAGCCCGCAAGCAUCGCAGACAGGUGUGGGGCGCUGCACGCGGGUGACCACAUCCUGUCUGUGGACGGUACCAGUAUGGAGUAUUGUACCUUGGCCGAGGCCACCCAGCUGCUCGCCAGCGCCUGUGAACACGUCAAGAUGGAGAUCCUGCCCCACCACCAGACCAGGCUGGCCCUCAAGGGUCCUGAACACGGUACUGACCCUAUCCCUAACCUAUGACCCCUAACCCCACCACCAGACCAGGCUGGCCCUCAAGGGUCCUGAACACGGUACUGACCCUAUCCCUAACCUAUGACCCCUAACCCCACCACCAGACCAGGCUGGCCCUCAAGGGUCCUGAACACGGUACUGACCCUAUCCCUAACCUAUGACCCCUAACCCCACCACCAGACCAGGCUGGCCCUCAAGGGUCCUGAACACGGUACUGACCCUAUCCCUAACCUAUGACCCCUAACCCCACCACCAGACCAGGCUGGCCCUCAAGGGUCCUGAACACGGUACUGACCCUAUCCCUAACCCAUGACCCCUAACCCCACCACCAGACCAGGCUGGCCCUCAAGGGUCCUGAACACGGUACUGACCCUAUCCCUAACCUAUGACCCCUAACCCCACCACCAGACCAGGCUGGCCCUCAAGGGUCCUGAACACGGUACUGACCCUAUCCCUAACCUAUGACCCCUAACCCCACCACCAGACCAGGCUGGCCCUCAAGGGUCCUGAACACGGUACUGACCCUAUCCCUAACCCAUGACCCCUAACCCCACCACCAGACCAGGCUGGCCCU